AUGACACAGAGACAGGAAAAAGCAGUCACUAUGAGAGCGGGCUCAUACAAUCAAAAUAGCAACUUCCAGCUUGAGGCACUAAAGCCUGCUUUGGAGCUCCUCCCGAGCCUUGCCACGUGGAAGAACAGUUCCGUGUGCUUGGUUGAUUAUGGGUGCUCGCAGGGCCAGAACUCCCCCAACAACGAUUUCAAUACCCUAGCUGCGACCUUUGAACGCAAUAGAGGUCAGCUCUCACGCGACGGUGAACUUGAAAUCUUCGAGUUGAUGUUGCCUGCUAGCUUUUAUGGGCCAGUUCUGCCUGGGCCGCUAAAGGCCGACAUAGGUCUCAGCUUGAGCAGCCUACACUACUUGGAGCAUGAGCUGCCACCUCUCGAUGAGCUCCCCGCCGACGCAGUCCAGUGGGAGAAUCUCACCAGGGAGGCAGCCAAAGUCUUCAGUGUAGCCGAGAUGGUGAAGUUUCUGCGUCUUCGCAGUGAUGAAAUCCGUUCCCCAGGCGGUACCUUGAUCCUGGCUUUUCCGUGCCAGAGCGAAGACGACCACAGAGUGUGGUGGGGCUUAGGACUUGCCAUGCGCGCUGCCUUUAUGUCUGCUGUUUCCGACGGCUUGCUGAAGAAGGACGUGGUGCUUAGGCACGGCAAUUCGAUGGGGACCCGGACAGUAGAGCAAGUCUACGAAGCGCUUGAGCAAGUCAAGGAUGUUUGGUCUACGGAGCAUGUGUUCGUCCGAGACAUUGUGCACCCUGACUACUCUGCCUACUCGGAAAGUUGUGCCGUUAUCGGCCAAGAUGAGAAGCGAGAGGCAUACGUGAAGUUCGCGAGGACGCUCGUGGAGAUGACUUAUGCCGUCUAUACACCGUUUCUCUUGCAGGCCAUCAGGAAGACAAAGCGCACUGGCGUGGCAAAUAAUGUGGGAACAGGACCAUCCGAGUCGGAGGAAGAAAAGGGAAUCAUUGAGGAUCUCAAGCGCAAAUCACUUGGUUACUAUUGUGAGCGUGAGAUGGGAUCACCAUUCUGGAUUCCUUACAUCUAUGUCAAGCUGGACAGAAAGUAG